ACUUCAAUAGCUCCGAUUCAUCCCACAAAAUCACAGUAAGCACUUGGAUUCAUCCCACAGAAACCCUAAUCGAGAUGAGUUCAUCUUCCAAUUCAUCGUGGAGUGUGAACCGAACCCCUAAAUUGUUCAAGGUUGAUUUGGAUGGAAACUUGUAUUGUCAUCAUGAAGUUGUUGUUGUUCUUCGCAUCGCUGGUCCUAAAAGUGUUCGACAUGGUGAUCAAUUUUAUGGUUGCCCUCAAUGGCCUUUAUCCGAUUGCAAGUUCUUUAUGUGGAAACAAGAUUUCGACAAAUUUUUCGAAGCACAUUCAACCUGUAGUUCAAGUCCAGUCAGUUAUCAAGAAUUGAAAAAUGAGAACUUGGAAUUGCAGAACAAGUCGCUACUUGAAGAGAACAGGAUGCUGAAAAGACAAAUUCUUGGCAAAAAGUCCAUGUGGAAGCAACCAUUUCUGUUUACUAUGUGUUUUGUCAUUGCAUUAUGGAUGUACAUUUUGAACAAGUGAUUUA